UGUUUACAAGUCAAACUUCCUCUGAUGCUGCUGCUAACAUUUUUCUGGAAUUUCUGCGGUUAACAUGAAAAAUGGUGCUUCAGAAUUCAGGAAAAUACCGGUCAGAGAGAUUUGAGAGGAAAAAGGACGACGAUCCGAGUGCCCUAGAUGAUGGUUCCGACAGAAGGCUCCAGCAGAGCAUUGAGAAUGAUAACGUUGAUUCCAAAUAUGGAUUCAACCGCUACAAGGAGCCUCAGGAGCGGGUGGGAUGGCUCCUCAACAUGCAUCCUACGGAAAUUCUGGACGAGGACAAGAGGCUUAUGAGUGCUGUUGAUUAUUACUUUAUACAAGAAGAUGGAUCCAGAUUUAAGGUCUCUCUCCCAUAUCGGCCGUACUUCUUCGUAAUGACCAAAAAGGAGGUGAUCCAAGAUGUUACAACGUUCUUGACUAAAAAGUUUGCUGGUCUUUUGGCCUCUGUGGAAGUUGUCAGGAAGGAGGACUUGGAUUUGGAUAAUCACUUGACAGGCUUGAAGCAGACAUUGUUGAAAUUAUCAUUUCUCACUGUAAAUGACUUGGUAAAGGUACGUCAAACGAUUUCUGGAGCUGUAAAAAGAAAUAAAGAAGCAGCCAAGUCUAAGACAGUGUAUGCAGAGAUGUUGUUAGCUCAUGCAAGUGAAUCAGGGGAAUCAGGGAAAAAGAUGGAUCAUUUUGAAAAUCUUCUUGAUAUUAGGGAAUAUGAUGUACCAUACCAUGUGAGAGUAUCAAUUGACUGCAAGAUUUUUGUGGGAUUAUGGUACUCUGUCAGAGGUGGGGGUACAGGCCCUCCCAUUAUAACACGCCGUGAAGAUCUGCUGGUGUGGCCUGAUUGUAUUGUACUUGCUUAUGAUAUUGAGACCACAAAACUGCCUCUCAAGUUCCCUGAUGCAAAUACCGAUCAGAUUAUGAUGAUAUCGUACAUGAUCGAUGGACAGGGUUAUCUUAUAACAAAUAGAGAAAUUAUUAGUGAGGAUGUGGAAGACUUUGAGUAUACACCACGAGCAGAGUUUGAGGGUCCAUUCAUUAUUUUUAAUGAAGCCAAUGAAAUGGCUACUAUCCAGAGAUUCUUUGAUCAUAUUCUAGAGGUGAAGCCUCAUAUAUUUGUGACCUACAACGGAGACUUCUUUGACUGGCCGUUUGUGGAAGCUCGAGCAGCAUUCCAUAACUUAGACAUGUUCAGAGAAAUUGGAUUCUCCAAGACCAGAGAGGGAGUCUACUUUUCACGUCCUGCGAUCCACAUGGAUUGCCUUUGCUGGGUAAAGAGAGAUUCCUACUUGCCUGUUGGUUCACAAGGCUUGAAAGCUGUUGCCAAAGCCAAGCUGCGAUAUGAUCCAGUUGAAUUAGAUCCGGAAGAUAUGUGUUCAUUAGCGGCUGAACAACCACAGGUUCUGGCCAAUUACUCAGUGUCAGAUGCGGUGGCCACAUACUACUUGUACAUGAAAUAUGUCCACCCCUUCAUUGUGGCUCUGUGUACCAUUAUUCCCAUGGAGCCAGAUGAGGUUCUCCGUAAAGGCUCUGGAACGCUGUGUGAAGCUCUGUUGAUGGUGCAGGCUUACCAUGCCAACAUUGUUUAUCCAAAUAAGAAAGUCGCAGAGCUGAAUAAACUUUCAUCCGAUGGCCAUGUGAUUGACUCCGAAACUUACGUUGGAGGGCAUGUAGAAGCCAUUGAGUCAGGAGUGUUCCGUGCUGAUAUUCCUUGCAGAUUUCGAAUGGUUCCAGAAGCUUUCCAGAAGUUAAUAGACAAUGUGGACCGCACUAUAAAAUUCUGCGUUGAAGUGGAAGAAGGCAUUCCUUUAGAUCAAGUGAUCAAUUAUGAUGAGGUUGUUGAAGAUAUCAAGACAAAGUUAGCCGACUUGCGGGACACUCCAUGCCGUUUAGAGAACCCUCUGAUCUACCAUCUUGAUGUAGGAGCUAUGUAUCCUAACAUUAUCCUCACAAAUCGACUCCAGCCUUCUGCUAUGGUGGAUGAAACUGUUUGUGCCGCCUGUGAUUUUAACAAACCUGGAGCAACGUGUCAGAGAAAGAUGUCAUGGAUCUGGAGAGGAGACAUGAUCCCAGCCUCCCGUAGUGAAUAUCAACGCAUCCAGCAGCAGUUAGAGACAGAGAGAUUUCCACCAGCUCAGCCCGGGUGGAACCACAGAGCUUUCCAUGAGCUUAACAAAGAGGAGCAAGCUCUAGCAGAGAAGAAAAGGCUGCAGGAAUAUUGCCGUAAAGCUUACAAAAAAAUAAAAGAAACAAGAACAGAAGAACGUUGGCAGACGAUUUGUCAGCGAGAAAACAGCUUUUAUGUCAACACAGUGAGGUCUUUCCGAGAUCGUCGUUAUGAGUACAAAGGUCUUCUGAAGGUAGCAAAGAAACAGUUAACUGAGGCACAAGAAAAGGGAGAUCCAGGUGAAGUCAAAAGUGCCAAUGCUCGUGCUGUGUUGUAUGACUCCUUGCAGUUGGCUCACAAGUGUAUCCUUAACUCCUUCUAUGGUUACGUCAUGAGAAAGGGCUCUCGGUGGCACUCAAUGGAGAUGGCUGGAAUUGUGUGUUAUACUGGAGCUACCAUUAUUACUAGGUCAAGGGAAAUUGUGGAACAGAUUGGUCGGCCCUUGGAACUUGACACCGACGGUAUCUGGUGCAUUCUCCCAGCAUCAUUCCCUGAGAAUUAUGUCAUCAAAACAAACAACCCUAAGAAGUCAAAGGUUACCAUCUCAUACCCAGGUGCCAUUCUUAAUGUAAUGGUGAAGGAUCACUACACAAAUCACCAGUACCAUGAUCUCCAAAAUCCUGAGAUACUGGAAUACUCUGUUAGAUCAGAAAAUUCCAUUUUCUUUGAGGUUGACGGUCCCUACCAAGCAAUGAUUCUUCCAGCUUCCAAAGAGGAGGGCAAAAAGCUUAAAAAACGUUAUGCAGUGUUCAACUUUGAUGGCUCAUUGGCAGAAUUGAAAGGCUUUGAAGUGAAGCGUCGUGGAGAACUGCAGCUCAUUAAGAUUUUCCAGUCCUCGGUGUUUGAAGCUUUCCUGAAAGGAGACACACUGGAAACCUGUUAUGCAAGUGUUGCAAAGGUAGCAGACUAUUGGCUGGAUGUGCUGUACAGUAAAGCAGCCAACAUGCCUGACUCCGAACUGUUUGAUCUCAUUUCGGAGAAUCGUUCAAUGAGCAGGAAAUUGGACGAGUAUGGGGACCAGAAGUCGACCUCCAUUUCAACAGCUAAGAGGCUGGCAGAGUUCCUUGGUGAUCAGAUGGUGAAGGAUGCUGGUCUCAGCUGCAGAUUCAUCAUUUCAAAGAAACCAGAAGGAGCCCCUGUUACUGAAAGAGCUAUUCCACUUGCCAUCUUCCAAGCAGAACCAUCGGUGAAACAUCACUAUCUGCGUCGCUGGCUAAAAGAUCCAUCUGUCUCAAACUUUGACAUUCGAAAUGUUUUGGAUUGGGAAUACUACAUUGAAAGACUCUCAGGAACAGUAAUGAAGAUCAUUACAAUCCCAGCUGCCCUUCAGGGUGUGCCAAAUCCAGUACCUCGUGUAGCCCAUCCUGACUGGUUGCAUAAAAAGGUUCUGGAGAGAAAUGACACUUUUAAGCAGCGCCGCAUUACAGACAUGUUUAAUUUAGCCCCAAAACCGAAACCUCAGCCCAAGGUUCAGACUGAGGAUGACAAUUCGCAAGAUUUGUUUGCAUCACAAGCAGCCCCUGAUAUUGAAGACAUACUGGCUCCACAAUCACAAAAUCCACGGGUAGGACCAACAGUCACAAGUAACAAGCGGAAGAGGACCUCAGACAUUACUGAAGAUAGUAAUGAUAUGACAAAGAGUUGGAGAGAUGUCUUGGGAAACCCACCAAGUAUGGGAAAUUCAAAGGAGGAAAUGGCAGCAUGGAUUACAUUCCAAAAGAAAAAAUGGGAGUUCCAACGGCUCCAGAGAGAAAGCCGAUCAAAGAGACUUCGCACCAGAGAUUGCCCAACAAUGGGUACAAGUGUGGGGAGUGGUGCUGGCCGUGUGGUGAGGUCUGGCCCAACUAGUACCCUUGGGGGCUUCUUGCGCAAGGCACAACGCACUCUACUAGAUGUCCCUUGGCAGCUUAUACAACUAGCAGAGACUAAUACAGCAGGACAGUUUAAACUGUGGGCACUGGUUGGCAAUGAUCUCCAUCUCAUCAAGCUUGUUAUUCCCCGAAUCUUCUAUGUUAACCAGCGUGUACCCAAAUUAGCUAAUGAGUCGGAGGGAGUGUGGCGCAAAGCAAACAAGACUCUCCCCAGGUCACAUCCAGUGUUUAAUCUGUAUGAAUACACUGUCCCAGAGGAAGUUUUCCGUGAGCACAGUAAUGAACUUAUGGCUGAUUUGUCAACUCCUGAUAUUGAAGGAAUCUAUGAAACUCAGGUUCCACUGGAUUUUAGGGCAGUAGCUCAACUUGGCUGCGUAUGUGUGGUUGAUAAAUUCCUAGCUCGUGCAGACACUGACACAUUUGAAUUGGGUCAACUCAAGUUUAAAACAGUGGCACAAUAUCAGUACCUAGAGACUGGCAGCCUUCAUCAUGUUUACUUAUAUCAUCAUAGGAGUGGAAAUAAGGCCAUGUUUGGUGUAUUCUUUAAUCACAGUAAGAAAGGCCACAUUUUUGUGUUAGAUACUGUACGAAGUAAUCAGAUGCCCAAUCUUAAUUCCCUGUUUAACAAUGAGAGAAAUGCCAAGAUCAGCAAAGGUUUUGAGGAAGUCCAACUCCCAGAGUCUAACUACACCUUUGAGAUAAAGUUUGAGACUGAGCUGCGUCCAGUUCAUCGCCAGAUUCAGCGUCUACUUCAAGCAUAUAGAGAAGAGAAGAAAGGGCCAACUUUUCUGGCCAUUCAAUCUCCUCAUGAUCUUACCACAAUAACAACUCUUAUGCCUGGCUUGGGAGAAUUUCCACAGGUGCCCAUUCAUGUCACAGAAGUUGAAAACUUGUACAAUGUACUUGACUGGCAACGUGUUGGUGCAAAAGCCAUGUUGCGACAGUACCUGGGCUUAAAGCAGUUACUACACACAGCCAUGGAACAGUCUCGUUACUUUCAUGUCCCUGUUGGAAAUUUGCCACGAGAUACCACAGCCUUUGGGGCAGAUCUGUUUUACUUCAGACAUCUGCAGAAGCACAACUCAGUUGUAUGGUGUUCACCUGGCCAAAGGCCUGAUCUGGGCGGUCAUGAGCAUGAUGACAAUCGACUUGUAGCAGAAUUGGAAGAAGCUGCCUCAGUUGCACAGAUUAACAACCCAGGGUGUUAUUCUACAGUCUGUGUAGAACUGGAUUUAGAUGCUUUGGCUGUCACUACAUUGUUACAGUCACAUCACAUCAAUGAGAUGGAAGGGACCAGCAGUAGCGUAGCCUUUGAUGCUGCUCCACAGGCUUCACUUCAGGAUAUGAUGGGGGGUGCUGAGUCCUCUCUCACAUCCUAUGAUGAAACUGCUCGUUGUGCCUCAGCCUUCAGAAUAUUAAGACAGAUGGUAGCUGCUUGGCUCCGGGAUGUUUCACUCUACCAGAACGUGUUUGCUGAUUUCCAGAUCAUCCACUUUUAUCGAUGGCUGAGAGAUUCUGGGUCCCUCCUGUACGAUCCUGCGCUUCAUCGCAUCCUACACAAUCUAAUGCACAAGCUAUUCCUCCAUCUGGUUGCAGAAUUUAAGCGUUUAGGCUCUGUCAUUGUUUAUGCCAACUUCAACAAAAUUGUUCUCUGCACUAAGAAAAGAAGGGUAGAUGAUGCCAUAUCGUAUGUGCAAUAUGUGGUAAACAGCAUCAGGGGCAAGGAAUUAUUCCAUUCUGUUGACAUAUCCUUCAACCAGUGCUGGGAAUACCUCAUGUGGUUAGACCCUGCAAAUCAUGGUGGUAUUAAAGGUAAGCUUCCAAAGGACAUUUCUUCUUCACAAGAUGAGAAAGGUAAUGAAUCAGAAGAUGAUGAUGAAGAGAACCAACAGGGGACUGAAAAUGAAGGUGAAAGAGGAGAAGAUGAAGGACCAGUGAUAGAGAUGAACUGGAAUAUGGCUGAGUACCUCCCAGAAUGGUGUGGAUGCCAGAGCAGCUUCAACAAUGUGGUGGCCUCGUACAUGAAUGCAGUGUAUGAGAAACUGCAAGAAGAAAGUGGUCGAUACACACCAGGCAACACCCCUGUGAAGCGUAAAGUUUCAAGCCAGGCCACGAGAAAGCCGCAAGAGGCACUUCAGGGCUACGUAGACUUCGCCCAAGAACUAAUUUCCGGAGAAUUAGCACAAAAGUUAUAUUUCAUUACACAAAAGAUACAGAAGAAGGGAACAAGAGAAGAGGAAGACGAGGAUCAGAAUGUCCUCGUGGUAGCUCCUGACAUUCACACGACUCCAGCUUUAGAGUUCGUCAAAAGCAUCACCAAAGUCUUGUCCCUGGAUCCUGUUGUUUCAGAACAGGUGUGCAAACUUAGGAGAGACCUUCUGAAGUUAUUGAACAUAGGCGAGUUUUCCCCAGAGGCAGAAUGGAAAGACCCUUGUAUCUCGUACACUCUACCUGAAGUGAUUUGCAGAUCUUGUAACCAUUGCAGAAAUAUUGAUCUCUGUAAAGAUCCACACCACGCAGUUGAAAAUGGAGUGCGAGUCUGGUUAUGUCCUGUUUGCAACACAAGCUAUGCUUCAGGUGAAAUUGAACAUUAUUUGAUUGGCCUGAUCCAUACAAAUUCUAUGGCAUAUGUGCUUCAAGAUCUUCAGUGUGAUCGUUGUUCAGAGGUGAAGCAGCCCAAUAUGACCCUCUACUGUACAUGUGGAGGGCGCUUCAAGACACUCCACAAGCGUGAUGAUUUUAGCCACAAAUUAAGAAUAUUCAAGAAGAUAGCAUCAUAUUUCUCAAUGCCAUUACUGAAAGAAACUGUUGAAUGGAUUAUCUCCAAUAAUUCAUGGAUAAAACAGUAAUUGUUUUUUUUAUCUCUACUGAUUGAAAACUGGUGGCAUUCUUGUACAUUGUAUUAUCUUUAAAUAGCUCAUAAGUUUAUAAUUUUAUUUUUUAUUCACUUAUGUCAGAGGAUACAAAUUAUUGUUCUCAGUGAUUAUGAAAAAAAAAGAUAUUAAAAGCGAUUUAUUUAAGCAUAAGCCAAUUAACUAAUGUAUAAUGUGCAAAUACUGUGUAACCUCUCAAUGUUAUAAUUAUAACCUCGUGUAAAAUUUGAUUUUUUUAGACAUGUUAUAUACAUUUGUACAGAUUGAACAAAUCUGUGACAGAAAUAUAAAGCUAAAGUUAUUUUUA